CCCCGCUCUGGGUUUUUGGGUGCCCUGGCCGGGCCCUGCCCCGCUGCUCCCUCAGCCGCUCGCAGCGGCGCUUUCCCGCCGGGCCGAGCCCUUCAGGGCCGGGAGGCCGCGCUCCCUCCUCGGCGGCGCCGGUGCGGGGCCGCGGGAGCGGCUGCCUCCCCGGCCGGAAGAGGAAGGCGGCCGGGGAGCUGCGGAGGGCCGGGGAGGAGCCGCCGCCGCCCGCCUGCAGCAUCCCCAAGGGAGGGCGCUUGGCAGGCGGAGGGGACCCGCCCGCGCACCCUGCGGGCCCGGCCCCCCUGAGGAGCGAAGCAGAGCACCUGGGAACAUGGCCCUGCAAGAGAGAGAAAUUAGCAGCAGCUCCAUCAACGACAAGCAAGAACAGAACAGUAAUCGUGUUAUUACAAUUGUCUUCCUGGCACUCUUCAUCGACUUGUUGGGAUUUGCUCUCAUCUUGCCACUGUUUCCCUCCAUCCUCGAUUAUUACAGCCAGACGGGGGAUGGAUUCUAUUUGUCAUUGCAACGUGGUGUGGAUUGGUUUGCAGUGAUGGUUGGGAUGCCUCCAGAGCGGAAAUACAACAGUGUCUUGUUUGGAGGUCUGAUUGGCUCAAUCUUUUCCAUCCUACAGUUUUUCUCCUCUCCCAUCACUGGUGCUGUAUCGGACUCCUUGGGCAGAAGACCUGUCAUCUUGAUGACAGUGAUGGGUUUGAUAACAUCGUACACACUAUGGGCUGCUUCUAGGACUUUUGGCAUUUUUCUUCUCUCCAGGAUCGUUGGGGGAAUAAGCAAAGGGAACGUCAGCCUCUGCACAGCUAUAAUUGCUGACUUGCACUCCCCAAAAGCACGCAGCAAGGGCAUGGCAAUGAUUGGCAUUGCCUUCUCCCUCGGUUUUACCCUGGGUCCCAUGAUCGGAGCUUACCUAGCCAUGGAGACAGAGAAAGGAGAAGUCUUCUACCUUCGGUCAGCGUUGUUGGCGCUCACGUUUGCUGUGGCUGAUUUCAUUUUCAUCUUCUUCCUACUUCCGGAGACACUUCCAAAAGGAAAACGGGUCUCUUCCAUGACAUCUGGAUUUCAGGCAGCAGUUGACUUGCUCAGUCCUUUGGCUUUAUUUCAGUUCUCUGCAGUCACCCGAGGAAAAGAAUCCCCUUCGGAGGAGAAUCUUCAGAAUCUCAAAACUUUAGGCCUGGCUUAUUUCCUGUACCUCUUCCUGUUUUCUGGCUUGGAGUAUACACUGAGUUUUCUCACCCACCAGAGAUUCCAGUUCACCAGCAUGCAGCAGGGCAAGAUGUUUUUCUUUAUUGGAAUAACAAUGGCUGUGAUCCAGGGAGGCUAUGCUCGCCGAAUCAAGCCAGGAAAUGAAAUCAGAGCUGUAAAAAGGGCUAUUACGUUGCUGAUUCCAGCUUUCUUGCUAAUUGGGUGGGCUGCAGAUGUGACGGUGCUGAGUGCUGGACUCCUGCUGUACUCCUUCGCUGCGGCCAUUGUAAUCCCGUGUUUGUCAGCAGUGGUGUCAGGCUACGGCUCCGCCAGCCAGAAGGGACGAGUCAUGGGGAUCCUGCGCAGCCUGGGCGCCCUCGCCAGAGCCCUGGGACCCAUCCUGUCAGCUACGGUUUACUGGCUGGCAGGAGCAGAACUUUGCUUCACUGUCUGCGCAGCUUUCUUCCUCAUCCCCUUCAUUUUACUUGGUUCUGUAAAACAGCAGACAAAGAAGGAGUAGGAGAUAGAUAACCAUCCAUAACCACCAGCUUGUAAGGACCUCUGCAAGACCUGACGGCUGGCACCUGACACUGCUCAGCAAAUGGGAAGAGGAGGAUUUUCAUCAUCUGGAAGGGGAUAUGUGAUGACCACUUGCAGCAAGAACAGACUCUGGGUUUCUCAUGGCCCUCCACAAGCAGUUAUGUUUAAGACUGUCCCCCAGCCAGUGUGACUUGUUUUGCAAAUAGAAAACGAUAAAAAAAGCAACCAAAAAGACAAAACUAACCAACCAAGCAAAAAAAACAAAAACAACCCACAACCAAGCAAAAAAAAAAAAAACAAAAACAAACCACACACACAAACCCCAACCAACCAACCAAACCCCACACGACCAAAACAGUUGAGUAAAGCAUUAAGCUCCUCGGAGCAGCGGAGACGGGUGUGACAGGACCCAGCGCAGCACAAUCCCCGCUGACCGUCCCCGGCUGCUGAACGGAGCACACGCAGAGCGUUUCUCUGCUCCCGAUCCACCCGCAGCAGGACCCGGCUGCCCUGCGGUGCCGCACACAGGCGGUUCUAACGGGGACUUCCUGCACAAUUGUCACACCAUCUGCACAAACGCUCAGCGGCCCUGGGAACAGCUGUACCCACUGCCUUAAAACGUGAUGACCAAAAGCGAGAAGCAUCCUACAGCUUUCCUGAGCCCCGCUGGCACUCUGGCGCAGGAGGACUGUUUUUAAUACACAAAUUUUGAGAGCUGUAUUUCUAAUACUGUGUGAUGUUUCUCGAUGACCAAGCACUGUUCUUUUUGGAUCACAAAUAAACUGUUACAUUGUA